GCCGGACUUGAGCAGCCCGGCGUACACAAGACUGCUAGAAGAUGCUGAAGCAAUUGCAAAUGGGGAUGAGAGCUUUUCUCUUGAUGGCCUCUCGUGUGUGGACCUGUGUCUGUUUUCUACUCAAGAAGCAGGUUAGAGCCAUCUCGCAGAUGCAACCUGUCAAGUAUGAAAUCUUCCCCCUGUCUCCGCUAUCCAGGCACAGACUCAGUAUAGUUAAAAGAAAAAUACUUGUACUGGAUUUGGAUGAGACUCUGAUACACUCUCAUCACGAUGGAGUAGCUAGGCCAACAGUCAGGCCUGGUACCCCUCCUGACUUUGUUCUCAAAGUAACGAUAGAUCGGCAUCCGGUCAGAUUUUUUGUUCAUAAGAGACCCCACGUGGACUUUUUUUUGGAUAUCGUUAGUCAGUGGUAUGAACUUGUGGUGUUUACUGCUUCGAUGGAAAUUUAUGGUGCUGCUGUUGCUGAUAAAUUAGACAACAACAAAGGAAUUUUGAGGCGCAGAUACUACAGGCAACAUUGCACGCCUGAAAUGGGUUCCUAUACUAAGGAUUUGGCUGCCAUUUGUUCAGACUUGGCAUCAGUCUUUAUACUUGACAACAGUCCUGGUGCUUACAGAGCUUAUCCUAAUAAUGCAAUACCUAUCAAGUCAUGGUUUAGUGAUGCGGGAGAUACAGCACUUUUAAGUUUACUUCCAGUCUUAGAUGCUCUUCGUUUUACGCAAGACGUGCGCUCCGUACUUUCAAGAAAUUUACAUUUGCAUCACACGUGGUAGCAUAGCCCUAAUGUAUCAUUCGAAUAAGAUGGAAGAGUAAGGGUUACGUGAAACCUGGUUUAUAUUGUCCUAAACUGCUAUUUGCGCGCGUGUAUUAUAGGAUCAUUUACGAAAAACUCAUAAAAACUAUUUUCAAUUUGAAUAAGAAAAAACUCAUUGACAGCCGCAUAUUUUCAGUAGGCAAACUCUUCUACAGAUACGUUUAAGCACAAAACAUCUUGGAAGCUAUUGUUCUCUCUUAAUUUUUCUUGGUUUUCUAUUUUCGUGUUACUAUAUAAAAUAAUCGGCAAAACGAGACGAUAUUGCUCAAUCGUGCAUUAGCCAAUGAUUCAAAUUAAUAUCUUUACAACGUUACGCUGUAUCGCUUAUUUCCUUUAUCGUGACUUACCAAAUGUAUAUUUUUUGUGUAUCUUUUCAAUCAAGAUUUUUGUUUGACUCUGGUUUUUUUUUUUAUUAGAUAGAGUAUACAUACAAACCACGAAAGAGAGACUGUAAUCUCUGAGUACAAUGAUUUUACUACUAUUGUACAUUGUUUCAUCUAGGAUGCUAAAUAAGUUGCUGUAACUCACUGUAUCAGUGGGGCAGCUAUUUUCAUCAAAUUGUAAUCUAAAAAAAUAUUGAUAAAUCAAAUAAAAUGAUUGAAUCUACAAAUAUUUUGGUUGACAAUUA